UCCUGAGAUCUCAAUUGUUUUAAUUUAGGUUGAUAUGCUUCCUGAGAUCUCAAUUGCUCCAAGAAUGGUGACCAACUUUUCAGCUCUGAUUAAACCUAGUUUCAAGAAGGAUCUAGACUCGUAUCUCAAGAACCGGACUCCGGUCAGCUUUCUAUCAGAGCUAAGAACCAAUCUACAGGUUUCCAACGAGCCUGGGAUGCGAUAUAACAUCUCGAUGAUCAACGCUCUGGUUAUGUACGUGGGUACACAGGCUAUUCAAUUUAUCCGCGGGAAAAACAAUAGUCCUAGCAUGUCAUCCAUUGCUCACUCAUCCCAUAUGGAUAUAUUCCAGAACCUGGCAGUAGAUAUGGAUAAAGAAGGAAGGUAUCUGUUCCUAAACUGUAUAUUCUAUAUAUAUAUAGUAGAACCUGACAGUAGAUAUUGAUACAGAAGGAAGGUA